AUGUGUGAAUUCUUAAAUAAGAAUGGCAAGCAUCAUGAACUGUUGAACAGUGAAGAUCAUAUAGGACAUUUAAAGAAGUACAAAAAAGAUAAUUCACUUUGUCGACCUGACAUCACACACCAAUGUUUAAUGAUGUUGUUUGACAGCCCCUUAAACAGAGCUGGCUUGUUGCAAGUGUUUGUUCACACAGAAAAGAAUGCUUUAAUAGAAAUAAAUCCACAGACCAGAAUUCCAAGAACUUUCAAACGUUUUUCUGGGCUUAUAGUGCAGUUACUAUUCAAACUCACUAUUAGAUCUGCAGAUGGAAAUCACAGACUUAUGAAGGUAAUUAAAAAUCCAGUCACUAAUCACUUGCCUGUUGGAUGUAAGAAAAUAGCUACGUCAUAUAAUGCAGAAAAAGUUGUCAAUCCUAGAGAAUUGGUCCCACAUGAUGAACCUAUUGUUAUAGUUGUUGGAGCGAUGGCUCAUGGUCAGGUGAAAGUUGAUUAUACAGAGGAAACAGUUGCUAUUAGUGGUUAUCCUUUGUCUGCAGCUUUGACUUGUGCUAAAUUGUGUUCAGCAUUUGAAGAAGUGUGGGGAAUUCACUAAAAUGGCUUGAUUUCACUAAGAUAUGUUAUCCAUAGAGUUGCUCACAAGGUUUCUUCUUUGGUUUGAAUUCCAUUAUACAGUUCAACACUCUUUUGAAGUGGAAUGUGUUUUGAGCUCAGUGCAAGGCUUAUGUGGCUGCAAAGCAUUUUUGACAUUGCAGUUAGUUUUUUAACUUGUAUAAUAUUUAUGUAAUUUGUUUAUUUAUAUAAUAUUUGUAUAAUAUAAGAACAAAUAUAUAAAUUUAUUUGUUCUUUUUAUGCCUUUGUAAUGUACUACACAAGCUUUUUAAAUUUCAUGUUAUUCUAAUAAUGAUUGAUAGAGUAUUUAUGCCACAUAUAGAAAUUCUAGUAAACCCCAGUUUUAUAAUUUGAGGCCUUUUUAUGUGACUAAUGAACUAGUGGAGGAAAAUGGUGUGGAAAUCAUGUUUUAUUAAUUACAAAAAAUGUUCUAUAUGCAGUUAAGCCUGGUUGAAAGUAAUAUGAAAGUUUGUUACAUUUUCCCAAUAAAUUUUUUUCCCACAUAUCUCCAACUUAAAGAAAAAUUCUUACAUUUCAAUUAUCAAUAGGCUUUAUUUUUACAUUCAUGAUGCCAACAUAUUGCACAAAAAAUGCAGACACAAGCAUGCACAAAGAAAAUGCAUACAAUAAAAACAAACUGCCUGACACAAGACAAAAGCAUCAUGACAAAAAAAUUUUUAAGAAUGGUUGUUUAAUUUUCAUUUUCCAGAUGUGAUGCAUCUAUACUAAUUUCUGACAGAUAAGUAUUUGGGUAGUUUCACUGAAACGUCUCGCUCUGUUAAGAAUUCUUUCUUUAUUUUUGGUGAUCCUCAGAAAGACCAACAUAUCUAUCCAAAGCAAGGUACGAGAAUUAAAAAACUUUUACUUAUGUCCUGUAGUUGUGCUGAUUUGAUAAUGCAAAAAUUAUGCAAUUAGGGACGGAGAAGAUAGCUGAAAAGAUUAAAAUUAAUAAUAAAUAUUUUUAAAUAGUAUUAAUUUAACACAAAAACUGAGUAAAACUAAUCAAAUUUUAAAAGAAGUAAUAAACUAUUUUAAAUUAAUGGGAAGCUAUUUUAAAGAAGUAUGAACCUUAAAAUAAUAAAUACCAAAUGUUAAAAUUAACAGUUUGUACAUCAUUAGAAAUGUUUAUAUGAUAUAUAACUGCUCUAAGUUUUUAAAUGUUUAAAAUAUUUACAAAAUGUUGAACCCGGAAACAAAAUAUUAUGUUUUCAUCAUUAACAAUAUCAAUUGAAAGCUAUUUUUUAAAGAAAUUUAAAUUUACACACAUUACACACAUUAAAACUAUUACUGAAGACCCAUGGCAUUAUGUUUUAAAACAUGAAAUUUUAUAAAAUGAUUAAUUAAAACGUGCAAGAAAGAUCACGAAUUCUUAUUAAGCAUGUAUACACAGCAUGUCUGUCUACAAAAUGGCAAUUUACAGUGUAAAUAGUUAUUGAUGAAGAACUGUAAAAUGCUAUUUGGACCUCAUUUUUGGUAUACAGAAAGCUCAGUUAUUUUUCAUUUAUGAAAUCUUAAAAACUAGUUUCUAAAAUUACAAAAUUACACCAUAACAAUUUAAAAGAAAAAUAUUUAUGUAUUUUAUUGUCAGAACUUAUGUAAAAGAAUGUUUUUUAUGUAUAGAUGCAGCAAAUACAGAUGGUAUGCAGAAUUUUUUCAUAUUAUUUGUUUGACUAAGUUUAAAAUUUAUAUUUCAUAUUUUUAUAAUUUUUAAAUCAUUAUAUAUUUAUUAUAUAUAUAAAUUACAAUAUACUACCAUAUUUCCUACUUCAUCACUACAAAAAGUAUGAUAUUAGUAAUAUGAUAAAUAUAUACUGCAUAACACUGUCAUGAAGUGGGAAAUAUUUCGGAUUAUCCACAAAGAAAUUUGCAUCAAAAGAUAUAUUUAUAAUUGUGAUAAAUUUCUCAUACAAUAAAUAUGAAGACAAUGAGUGUUUUGCACACAACACAUAUCACAAGAAGUAAAUGAUUUCAAAACUUCACUUAUUGCACAAAAACAUAUUUAAAAUAAUGAUUUAAAUAAACAGCAAUGACAUUAUUUUUUAAAAAGUUGCACUUUCCAACAAUUUUGGUAAAAUUUUCAGAUUUUUUAUAUCUAUAUACACAGAUAUAUAUGUAUUCUCUAUUUUUAUAAAAAUCAUGGUCCUGAUUUUACAGAAACUUAAUGUCCAAUGUAAUAAAAAAAAGAAAAAAA